CCCCUCCCGGGCACUCCAGCAGCUCUUCCCGGGACGGAGCUGCUGUGGGACGGGGAGAGGCGGCCCUGGGGGGCGGCUUCCUCCCGCCUUCCCUUCCUCGUCCGGCCGCCCGGAGGAGCGGACCAUGGCCCGCGGGCUCGGAGGGCCCUGCGGCUGGGCCGGCGCGGGGGAGCAGUGAGGGGCGCCGGCCGGGGCGAGGCGGGGGGCGGCAGCCUCCGGGGACGCUCCGCCUCGGGCAUGUCCCCGCCGGCAGAGCUCGCCGGAGGGGCCGGCUCCUCCGCUCGGUGUUAAAGCCUCAGGCGGCAGCGGCGGCGUCCCCCAGCCAUGGGGACGGCGUCGUCCCUGGUGAGCCCGGCGGGCGGGGUCGGGGAGCUGAUCGAGGACACGUACGGCGGCGGCGAGGCCUGCGAGAUCCCGGUGGAGGUGAAGCCCAAGGCCCGGCUGCUGCGCAGCUCCCUGCGGCGGGUCGGGGCCUCGCGUCCCGGCGGCCUCAUCGGGGCCAGCUUCAAGUCGACAGCCUCGGUGCAGGAGCUGGAGUGCGUGGCCGAGUACGAGCGCCUGAAGAAGGAGUACGAGAUCUUCCGUGUCAGCAAGAACAACGAGGUGGCCUCCAUGGUCAAGAAGGAGGCCAAACUGGACAGGGAGAACAAGCGGCUGCGGGCCGAGCUGCAGGCACUUCAGAAAACUUACCAGAAGAUACUGAGGGAGAAGGAGAGCGCGUUGGAAGCUAAAUACCAAGCCAUGGAGAGAGCCGCUACUUUUGAACAUGAUCGGGACAAGGUCAAAAGGCAAUUCAAGAUUUUUAGAGAAACUAAGGAAAAUGAGAUUCAGGACUUACUGAGAGCCAAACGAGAGCUAGAAGCAAAACUUCAGAGACUCCAGGCCCAAGGAAUCCAGGUGUUUGAUCCUGAAGAGUCGGAUUCUGACGAUAAUUGUACAGAUGUUACAGCCACUGGGGCACAAUCUGAAUACUGGAAUGGAGGAGCUUUGGGAAGUGAGCCGUCCAUGGGUAGUAUGAUGCAACUUCAGCAGUCUUUCAGAGGGCCUGAAUUUGCUCAUAGCUCUAUAGACGUUGAGGGACCAUUUGCAAAUAUAAACAGAGAUGAUUGGGAUGCUGCUGUUGCCAGUUUAUUGCAAGUUACUCCUCUGUUUUCCCACUCUCUGUGGAGUAACACAGUAAGAUGUUUUAUUAUUAGUACUGAUGAGACUCAACCAGAAGUGGACAUCUUCCUUAGAAACUACUCACCCAAACUUCAAAGACACUGUGAAACAAUGGGCUACUUCUUUCAAGUUGUUCAUUUUUCAACAGAAAAUGAAAGGCCUCUUAAGGAUGUAAGAAAAUGGGAAAUUGAAAAAAGUUCAUUAGUCGUUUUGCUUCUCCAUUUAACUUUGCCAAGUUGUUUGUUGGAAGACUGUGAAGAAGCCUUCUUGAGAAAUCCAGAAGAAAAGCCCCGGCUAAUUUACCACAGAAAGGAGGAUGGCAGAGUCAGUUCAGUCUCGGUGCAACAGUUAAUUGAGCAAAUUUCCUAUGUGAACAAAGCAAAGAUGAUUGAUCACAUCGGAGAUGUGGAGAAAGGAGCAUAUGAAAUCUAUAAUUGUGUGGAAAAGAUAAUUAAACAGGAUAUAUUGGGCUGUGAAACAACAGAAUUAGAAGGCAAGGAUUUGGACAAUAAGGAGGAGUCUACUGCUCCUGAAGAAGAAGUUUUUGGUGAUGUAUUGUGGGAUGCGCAUGAUGAGCAAGAACAGAUGGAAGCUUUUCAGCAGGCCUCUAGUUCAACAUGUGAGCUGGGAUUUGAGAAAUAUUUUGAACGUCUGAAUGAUCUAGUAGCAGCACCAGCACCAAUUCCACCUCUGCUUGUAUCAGGAGGACCAGGCUCUGGGAAAUCUCUCCUUCUGUCAAAAUGGAUUCAAUUGCAGCAAAAGCAUUCACCAAAUACUCUAAUCCUUUAUCACUUUGUUGGAAGGCCCUUGUCUACUAGUUCAGAAUCUGCAUUGAUAAUUAAACGCCUCACUUUAAGGCUUAUGCAACACUCAUGGUUAGUGUCACCUCUAACCUUGGAUCCAGCUAAACUUCUGGAAGAGUUUCCCCGCUGGCUGGAAAAGCUUUCUGCACGUCACCAAGGCAGCAUUAUUAUAAUUAUUGAUUCCAUUGACCAAAUACAGCAAGCUGAGAAGCAUAUGAAAUGGCUGAUAGAUCCACUGCCAGUGAAUGUGAGAGUGAUUGUAUCAGUGAAUGUAGAAACAUGUCCACAGGCUUGGAGGUUGUGGCCCACUCUUCAUCUUGAUCCACUGAAUUCCAAAGAUGUUAAAUCCCUCAUUAGUGCAGAAUGUGACUCUGCAAAUGUUAAAUUAACCAAAGAGCAGGAGAAGAAGCUUGAGAGACAUUGUCGUUCAGCCACAACUUGCAAUGCUUUGUAUGUCACUCUUUUGGGCAAAACCAUUGCUUGUGUUGGAAAUACAGGAAAUGUUGAUGAAACCCUUCAACAGUGUUUUCAGUGUCAAGACACAGUGUCACUGUACAGGCUUGUUCUGAGAUCAAUUCAAGAAUCAUUGCAGAGUGAUAAAGAGAAAGGCCUUUUGAGAGAGAUCCUGUGUGUCAUUGGAGUUAGCCACAAUGGUGUGAGUGAGUCAGAGCUGAUGGAACUUUAUCCUGAACUGUCUUCUGCCGUGUUAGCUUCACUUGUUCACAGCCUGCACAAAAUGUGUUUGCUGACAUAUGGCUGUGGUUUGCUGAAGUUCCAGCACCUCCAGGCCUGGGAGAUGGUGAGACUAGAGUAUAUGGAAGAAGGUGAAAAAGUUAUUUCUACCUAUAGACAAAAACUAGUGGAGUAUUUCACCAUGCAGCUAAGUCAAGACCGAGUGACUUGGAGAAGUGCAGAUGAACUUCCCUGGCUCUUCCAACAGCAGGGUGAUAAGCAAAAGCUACAUAAAUGUCUUUUGAACCUCUUUGUAUCCCAAAACCUUUACAAAAGGGGACAUUUUGCAGAAUUGCUGAGUUACUGGCAGCUGGUUGGGAAAGAUAAGAGCUCUAUGGCAGCUGAGUAUUUUGACUCUCUGAAAGAAUAUGAAAAAAGCUGUGAGGGAGAGGAAAGUAUGAUCUGCCUGGCUGAUCUUUAUGAGACCCUGGGACAGUUUCUUAAGGACCUAGGUCUUCUCAGUCAGGCUGUGGCUCCUCUGCAGCGAUCUCUGGAGAUUCGAGAGACUGCGCUGGAUCCAGACCACCCGAGGGUGGCGCAGUCACUCCACCAGCUAGCAGGAGUUUAUGUUCAGUGGAAGAAGUUUGGAAAUGCUGAACAGUUGUAUAAACAGGCACUGGAAAUCUCUGAAAAUGCUUACGGAGCUGAACAUCCUCGAGUAGCCCGUGAACUUGAUGCACUUGCAACCUUAUACCAAAAGCAGAACAAAUACGAACAAGCUGAACAACUGAGGAAGAAGUCCUUCAAGAUACGCCAGAAAGCAGCAAGGCGGAAAGGCAGUCUGUGUGGCUUUGCUCUCCUGCGUCAAAGAGCCCUGCAAUUGGAAGAGCUCACGUUAGGCAAGGAUACACCAGACAAUGCUCGAACCCUCAAUGAGCUUGGAGUCCUCUAUUACCUGCAGAAUAAUCUUGAGACAGCAGAGCUUUUCCUGAAGCGCUCCUUGGUAAUGAGAGAGAGAGUCCUGGGACCCGACCACCCAGACUGUGCACAGUCUUUGAACAAUCUGGCAGCCUUGUACAAUGAGAAGAAGCACUAUGACAAGGCAGAAGAACUCUACGAAAAAGCUUUGGACAUCAGGAGGAGAGCACUGGCUCCAGAUCAUCCCUCCUUGGCUUAUACGGUGAAACACCUGGCAGUGCUGUACAAAAAGAUGGGAAAACUAGACAAAGCUGUUCCUCUCUAUGAGCUAGCGGUUGAAAUCCGACAGAAAUCAUUUGGCCCAAAACACCCUAGUGUAGCAACUGCUUUGGUGAAUUUGGCUGUCCUUUAUUGUCAGAUGAAAAAGCAGAUUGAAGCUUUACCUCUUUAUGAACGUGCUUUAAAGAUUUAUGAAGACAGCUUUGGUCAAAUGCAUCCUCGUGUGGGAGAAACUCUGAAAAACUUGGCUGUGCUAAGCUAUGAAGGGGGAGACUUUGAGAAGGCAGCUGAACUUUACAAGAGAGCUAUGGAAAUAAAAGAAGCAGAGACUUUGUUGAUAGGUGGAAAAGCAACUUCUCGACACUCAUCAAGUGGAGAUACAUUCAGCUUAAAAAGUGCAUUAUCUCCAAACGUUUUCCUGGAACAUGGACAAAGGUGAUACAAACCAGCUUAAAGAAAAGGCAGUCUCUGUUGCUAUUUUAAAGCAGACAUAAAAUUAUUAAGAAAAUCUAGUUUUCCUAGGAUAAUGUACUAUUUUGGGUCUGACACCUGUCUUCAUGAAUGACAGGGAAAUAAAUGUAAAAACCUGAAAUACUUCCACAUUACUUUUGCAGACUGUAUGGUACAAAGUGAGCUGCUUUCAUUGUAUAUAGAUAUGCAUAUUAGUUAUUAGAUCAAGUUAUAGCUAAUACCAAAAAAUGUGGAUUUGAUACCUCUUACUCUAAGUACCAGGAUUGUAGUAAGUCAAGUUGAACCAAUUGUAUAUACUCUAUAGGGUAGUUCUUAUUUCUGUUGUAGUAGCGUGGCUUAGAGCAUUUGUAUAUUUUUGUUUCAUCAAUCCUUUCUGCCUUUUCAGAUGUUUUUAAAGUUGCUAAAAUGAUGUUAAAUUUGAAAAAGUAAAAAUACCAUUUCAUCCAAAGCUUUACCUGCAGGGCUUUAAGCACACAGAUUCAAGGGACUUGUGCAAAAAUAAUUGGGAAGCUAAAUCUAUCUAAAAUACAUCAUCAUCUACAGUUAAAGCUGUUGUCAGAUUCAACUGUGUUCAAUGAAAGUAAUUCCAAUGGGGAAUCAGAGUGAAGAUGAUUAUGACCUGGUUCUCUGUUGUUAACCCUUUAGCAAUAUGUUCACUAUUUAGUCUCACUGAAUCCAUUAAAAUAAAAGAAUGUCUGUGUUAGCUGGAAAAACCUAAUGGUGCAGAAUAGUUUGCCAUCAAAUAAAGAGAUGGUAGUAAAAUACCUGCUGUAUUUCUUAAUACCCUAGUCAGCUGGAAGAAUCAGUUUGGGGUCUGCCCUCAUUUGGUGCAUAAAUCCAUGAAUCAAUUUAAAUACACAGUAUAAACAGACUGUUCAUAAAAAAACUGAAUGUAAGUGAAAAAAAUAAUAGAAACCUCACUAUAAUGUUUCAGAGGCAACUGAUGUUAAGAUUUAUUUGAUCCAGUUUAAAAAUGCAAAUGGCCUCUACCUCAAAGGGGUACUUACCUUCCACAGUCUUUUUCUCCUUUUAGAGCUAAAUAUAACCCCUCUCAGCGCUUGUUCCAGUUAGAAGGAAUGUAAUAUUUUGGUAAGACUGUAACUUGGCAAAAGAAAAGGCAUAUAAAACUGAUUAAACAAAUACAGAACAACCCAAAUUUUAUUUUUACGAUUAAGAGUUAGUUGGAAAAAACCCUCAAAAAUAGCUCUUGAAAGUAUUACAAUACAGCAACAAGAGUUUACACUUUUUGUAAUAGCUCUCUGGAUAUUUUCCUCUUACUUUAGAAAAUGGAAUGGGUUUUUAAUGCAACAAAAGUUUUUCCACUCUCUUCCAGCCACCUUGAAAACUGGAAAGUUUCUUUGCAUCACUGUCACCAAGAAAGAAGCAAAGGAAAAAAAACAACCACAACCAAAACCAAACACAAAAACCCACGCCAAAAAACAUUUUUUUUUCCCCCAAAACCUCAACCUCAAUAUAUUUCUGGUGCCUACUCUUCUCACACCUGAUAAUUCCAUGUUAUCACUCAUCAGCUGUCUAGCUUGUCACCUCUGGUCUGGUUUUAACCUCUAUAAUCUUGCUCUCCCAAAUAGUUGUCCUUAAUGUAGCUAGCUUAAAUAAGAAGCUACUUUCUAGUUAUUAAGUGUUAAAUCAGACUUUGCCCGUUUAGUGAUUCUCAAUUCUGAAUGGCUGCUAUUCUUUCCUUAAGUGACUUCUCUCCAACCCGUUCAUAUGUUGCACAGUUGCUUUUGGAAGAAAAAUCAGUCCCUAAAAAGCUGCCGAUCCCAGCCAUCUAUGAUCUAUUAGGAGAGAUGGUGAGGAAACAACAGCCUUACUCUGUCUACCUAAGGAAAGCUUUCUACAGCAAUUAAAACAGAACCACAAGUAAUAGUGGAGGGCAUUCAGGCAGCAUGCUGGCCAUAAGCUGAUGCAGAUAUAGUUGUAGCGCUCUUAAGACAGUUGUUCAUGUAUUUGUAGUUGUACCUCCUGGACAUUAGAAGAAAGUUAAUUUGUAAAUCUAGUUUAUGUCAAAUAAUACUUACUAGAACUCCACCUCAAAACACUGUCAGCAGUUUCAAUGGAGAUUUCAUCAUACAUCUCAUUAACAUUCAUGGUACACUGUAAACCCUGAAACCUGCUUGUGUAAAAAGGUUGCCAAAUAGCAAAGCUGGACUGAACCAUUGCAAUAUACUUUGUUGAUAACAAAAAAACAUCAUAAAUCUUCCAUUAGGUUUUACAGUUAGAGUAUAUUAUACUUGUAAAUGUCUUUUUAAUGAAAAAAAAAAGACCCUUAAAGCUGUUUUGAUUGAUGCUGUUUAUUUUGAAAUAAUUUUGACCAUUGGCACAUACGAUCAUCUUAAUGCAUUUUCUAAUUAUUUCAAAUUCUUCUUUGUUGGGGCCCUAGCUGUGCUGAAUGAUUAUGAGAAACUUUAGAUAACAAGAGGAACAGUGAAGGCCAUUCUGUGGGAACUAGUUAGUGAAGGUCAUGUACAGCAGUCGGGUAGUGGGGUAAACAGGAUGGGGGGCUGGACAAAGGGUUUGGAGUCGGGACCAAUCAAAAGGGGAGUGGGGACGUGUAAAUAGUGUGUACUAACCAAUCAAGAGCCUUGCUCUGCCACGUGGACGGCGUACACGCUGCCCCGAGACUACAUAAUCUGCACGCAGCCUAGUAAAUAUGGACUGAACCUACAUCAUCUUGGUGUGUCGUGUUCUUUCCCGGCUUGUCACGGAAACUGGACCCCGGCAUCUGGUGACCCCGACGUGAUAAACGGGGUAGAGGAGCGGAGCCGAAGAAGGGCAAGGAUCCUGCUGCCAGCGGAUUUUUCUGGAAAGCAGGUGCAGGUGGAGGUGUUUGACCCAAGAACACAGGCUUGGCAAGGCCCGCAGGAACUAAUAACCUGGGGUAGGGGCUACGCUUGUGUCGUUACAGGAGCUGAGACGCUUUGGGUUCCCGCCAAAUGGGUCCGUCCGUGGCUGAGAAAGAGCGUUAACAGACUGGAUGAUGACCCCUCAACAGCAGCUGAGCCUAGAGGCCCGACCACGGGAGCAACGCUACCUUGAAUUGACGGCUUGACUGUUUUAAAGACCUUGGACAUUGCAGCCGUAUAGUCCGACGACAGUCAUCAAGACGUGUUGUAAAAAUGUCAUAUGUGUAUUUGUUUAUUGUUGGGACCUUGAGUUGGAGCAUUGGGAGCGGGGAUGAGUUUGAAAGAUUUGUACAGCCUCGGGAAAACGUAUGGGUAACAAUAGCUAAUCGCACCAAUCAGCCAGCCUUUUGUCUGAGUCUAGGUAGCCUGACUGAACCUUUCCGUAUGUGUUUGAUAGGGGUGCCUACGCGGCUGCCCCAGGAGUUUAAAGGAUGGGCUGCAUAACCUAAAGGAAGACAGCUGUGGGCUUGAUGAUCGGUUAAGGUCGCUUGGCAUGGGACCACAGGUAGUUAGUAUUUUGCAUCAGGUUUUAUUAGUAGGUGUGUUUAUACUUAUUAUACUUGUUUGCUUACCUUGUUUAUUGCGAUGCUUACAAAAUAGUAUGCAGAAUAUAGCGAAUGCUGUAUUUGAAAGAAGAGGGGGAGAUGUUGGGGUCCUAGCUGUGCUGAAUGAUUAUGAGAAACUUUAGAUAACAAGAGGAACAGUGAAGGCCAUUCUGAGGGAACUAGUUAGUGAAGGUCAUGUACAGCAGUCAGGUAGUGGGGUAAACAGGAUGGGGGGCUGGACAAAGGGUUUGGAGUCGGGACCAAUCAAAAGGGGAAUGGGGACGUGUAAACAGUGUGUACUAACCAAUCAAGAGCUUUGCUCUGCCACGUGGACGGCGUACACGCUGCCCUGAGACUAUAUAAUCUGCACGCAGCCUAAUAAACAUGGACUGAACCUACAUCAUAUUGGUGUGUCAUGUUCUUUCCCGGCUUGUCACGGAAACUGGACCUCGGCACUUCUUGUAUAUACAAGUUGAAAGUCUGAAAGCAACAUGAAAAACCGUUUUGCAUACUCUGUAAGUGGGCAUACAAAAGUUUAUUAAUUUGGUCAUAAAACUGUAAAUGAAGUAAAAUGGUAAACAGUUGCCUCUUGUAAAGUUGUCAAUCAUGUGAUAGUAGCCAUGUCAGCCAAAGAGUUAAGAGUCAAAAUUAAUGGAGAGCUGUUGUAGAAAUGAGUCAACCAUUUGCCUAAGGAGCUCCAGAGCCAGGCAUGUGCUUCACUUUUAUUGUUCCCAACAGAAUCACACAGAGUCACAGAUGACCUCUGGAGAUCAAGUCCAACCCCAGGAAAGGUAAAGCCACAAAGAAACCUAACACUUAACACUUAAACUGACACAAGCUAACAUAGACUUACUGAUGCAGAUUCAAGUAUUUACUUUUUUUAAUUAUCUCAUUGUUCCUUUCCCUUUUACAGUUCAUUUCUAAAUUCUGGUUUCUCCUCCAAUUUACAAUAUAAUGCCCUACAUACAAAACCCACCCAAAACCUCCCUCACUAGCUUCAGAGAUGAUUUUUAUGUAAAUAAUAUAAUCUAGUGUCAGCUGUGGCGGAAACAGAAUUUAAAGUUUGUAAAUGUUGCUUAGAAAUCAAACAUUUUUAAACUAAGCAUUCAUUCAGCUGCCCUAAGAAACAGAAGCACCUCCACACUAUUACCUUAUUUUUACAUGUUGGUUGGAUACUGCUACUACCAUUACUAGCUGGUUCUGUGUUGGCUGCAUCAUGCUGUGGAAAGGUUUUUUUAACAGCCCAAGUUAGAAAUACUUGCCUUAUACUGCAAAGGUUUGAUAUUUACAUUUUUCUAAGCCAAAUUUAAAUAAUUAUCAAGUUCUGGAUCAGACACCCAGAGUGGUUAAGUUUGAUUCAAAUUCAUGAUUUCAGAUCUGCAGCAUACUGCCAGUACAGGAUGUAGUGAUAAUUUAACUCGUGAGAAUUUAAAAGGUAAUAUGACUGUACUAACAUUAUUUACAAGAAAAAUACAACAGCUCAGCUACUCCACUGAAGGUAUUUGCAACACUAAACACAGUUUAGAGCACCUAGUUUGAGAAGCUUUCCUAUGCAAACUCAAAUUAAGUCUAUUCCUUAAUAUAGUCCAUGUGAUGGGGAUGGAUAAGAAUUCUAGCUAAACUUUUAAUAACAAAAAUACAGUAUUUAGAUUUUCAUGGAGAUAGACAAAAUCUCUUGUUCUUUCCAGUGUUGCUGGAAAUUCUUACAGAUUUUGACAUGCAAAGUAUCUGCCAGCUGAAAUUGUGACAGUUAAUAGCCAGUCUCCUGUUAUAAUUAUUGGCCUUGUUGCAGACUUGGCCUUGUUGCAGCACACUGAAAGCAUUAUCACAUACAGGCAGCUAUUUAAGAACAAGCAGUAAUAAAACACUGAUAAAA